GCAGUGCGACCACAGUACGGAGGAAGAAUCAGUCGGAUGAGUAACUCAUAGCGGCGAAACGAGAGAGCAUCGUUACCGAGGUCAUCUACACCUGCUGACACUUACUGCCACGCACGGCACAACAAAACCUCUCCAAUGUCCGGCAGUUUAACGAUGGAUUACACUUUCCUGCCUCGCUCCAUCUGGACCGCUGACAGUAAAUUCCUGCAGCAUCCAGCGGAUCUCUACACCAGUGUGGUCGUUACGCGCAGCAUCCCUGCAGGCACGUGCUUUGGUCCCUGUGUGCUCCAAAACACUUUCUACGACACUAUCGCCUUCAUAGCGCAAAAAUCCUGCGACAAGAGAGCCAAGUCUUACGUGUUCAGGGUGGACCCCGAGGCCAUGCGUAAUUCCGCUCUUGUCCUGUCCUGGUUGAGGCUCGUGCAGGCUGCGCGUAACGGAGAGGAGCAGAACAUGGAGGCCUUCCUGAAAGCGGGUCAGCUGUACGUGAGGACCAUCCGGGACAUCAGGCAGGAAGAGGAGCUGCUGGUGUGGUACGACCAAGAGCUGUCUCACCUGCUGGGCUUCACGGACAUGACCAGAGGCUCAAGUGAAGAGUUCAAAUGUGGAAGAUGUAGCCAGGUCUUCAAGCAUGAGUAUCCUUUCCUGGCUCACUGCCGAUUCCUGUGCACUCAAGUCAAGAGUGACACCUGGGGCCGCGAGGUUUACGAGCACAAGCGCUUGGAAAUUAAGAGGCAACAUCGAGUGACAGACUUCCACAACAUCGCCAGAGACUUGGAACACAAGAAAUCCAGCAGCAGCAACGAGGACGCAGAGAUUUUCCCCAAAAGAAGGAAAUAUGAGGACACUCUUUACCCCAAAAGCCGGAAAGCGGUUCUGUUGGAGAAGACAAACAUUUCAAACGACGACAAUAUCACACCAAUGAGCAAAGGCUACGAGCAGGCACUAGGAGAUGCAUCGUCCUCUGCUGGGAAAGCCGAGAAAACCAAACAGGGUCACGUGGGAUGUAAAGAUGUGGAAAUAGGGGACGCCAAAGGGACUUUUACGCACGAGGGAGAGAUUGGCGCGCGGGAGGAGACAGGAGAGAGCUCCAGUUUGCGCUCAAGCAGCAGCAGCAGCGCAUUUUCUCGGGUUAUUUCCAGCCAGGGCGACCAGAAAAGCGCAUUUUGCAAACCGAGUAAAAAAACUUCUCCUGUGCAGCCCCAGGCGUGCGUCAGCAGCGUUCCAACAGCCCCCUCUAGCCGCCUAGAGGAGAUGACUGACGCAUUUCCUUCCAGGACAGUUAUGGGAUACAACAAUCUGAUGGCAUCAAACAUCCUGAGCGCUGACUUACAGACUGUGCCAUCCCCGGUGGCGUUAAACAACUCUUUCCAUUACGCACCGGAACACUGGCCCCGGAGCAUUGGCGUCCAGUUGCAGACCACUUCGUCUCUCACGAUCCUGCCUCCGACUUACACCUCAUACGGUGUCUCUGUGCAGAACUGGUGCGCCAAAUGCAACCUCUCUUUCCGCAUGACAUCAGACCUCGUCUUCCACAUGCGUUCUCAUCACAAGAAGGAGUUCGCAGCGGAGUCCCAGGUGAGGCGAAGGAGGGAGGAGAAACUCACCUGUCCGAUCUGCCAUGAGUACUUCAGGGAGCGGCACCACCUCUCCAGACACAUGACCUCUCAUAACUGAGAUGCAAAAGGACAGAACACUUAUUUAUUCCCACACGAUGCUCGUAUAUAAACAGGUUUAGACUCCAGAUUCACAGCGAGGCUUUGGUGCGUAACAGUGAAUGUAGUUAGCUGUUAAGAAAACACGAAAACAGACACACGUAACCUUCACAGCCUGUCCACUAGAUGGCGAUAGAGAUACGUGUUGGACUGAUCUCACUGCAGUUGGUUGGCUGUCCUUUUAGGCCUGUUUGUUAGCUUGAUGAUUAUUUUGUGCCUUAUGGAACUCAGGAGGGGAACAAAGACGGAGAGGUCUCGAGGACAGCUUAUGAUUGUCAGAAAUGUCAAUCCUCUUAUUUAUCUGCUUUUCUCUGCUCUGAUUUGUACAAGAGACAUGGAUUGAGUGUGUUUGCACUUUGGCUUUGAACUCUUAAAAAUAUGAAA